AUGGCAACAAGCCAUGACUCUUUGAUCCUCCGGUAUUCCGGCUUGGAAUUACCUGACGAACAGUCUUUCCACAAGCACUUAGUAGCGAAGAUCUUCGAGGCAAGAGCAACAAAAGAUGUCAUGUACGCCGAGCUUGUUUACGACAACAUCGCUCCUUCCUGGAUGGAGAAUGUCCGAGAGACACUUGAGCGGACAAGAGCUGGCUUCUGCAAGAGUUAUAACCCCUUCACUCUGAUCCUACGAGUUGUAGCCUCGGCGUCAUCUCUGCACAAUGUGGACCAGGUUUGGGGCCACCAAAGCGAGAUCCAAUGGCUUGUCUCCGGGCAACUCACUCAAAAUGAGUCCGACAUGCUGUAUACCACAGCAAAUACCAUUUAUGAAUUCCCCGAUGGGCCAUUUGUUGGCAUCGAGAAGGCACCCAAUGUAGCAAUCAACGUGCCAAACGCCAUGAUGCCCAGAAUUGUCUUUGAGAGCGGCUGGAGCGAAUCCCUCAACGGACUGCGAGAAGAUGCAGGCGAAUGGCUCGUAGGAGGGAAUGGCGCCGUCCAGGCUGCCGUCAUUAUAAACUGGACCGCCAACCGCACAACCCGCCGUGUCCGCGGUGUCGUGGAGCUCUACACAUUAGACAGAAGUGGCAUGCCACGGCUCCAGCAACGCGAGGUGCGGGAUAUGUUCUUGUUAAUCAUCAUUGUGUUCUAG